GGUAUGAUUCUGUGUCCUCCACAUGUUUCUAAGAGGAAAGAAAAUUAAUAUAUCACCUCUCUAUACUAUGGCCUGGGAAAGCAGUGGAAGAUGGCCCAGGCCCUUGGUCCCCUGCAUCCAUGUGGGAGACCUGGAAGAAGCUCCUGGUUCCUGGCUUCAGAUUGGUGCAGCUCCAGCCAUGGCGGCCAAUUGGGGACUGAACCAGUGGAUGGAAGACCUCUUUCUUUCUGCCUCUCCUCUCUCUGUGUAACUCUUGACUUUCAAAUAAAUAAGUAAAUCUUUAAAAAAAUUUAAAAUGGAAAAAUAAACAUAAAAUUUGUUCUCAUGGAAUAUACAGAAAUGAAUUAUGAAUUUGGCAUGAUUAUGAAACAUUACUGUCAUCUAUAAUAUUGCAGUUUGGUCUCUUUCUGUUGCUAUAGCAAAAUCUAUAUUUGUUACAUGAAUUGAGUUGAAACUAAGCACAAUAUGCUACAUUUUUGGGGUCAUGAUGUCUGAAACAGUCUUUAUUAUCACAUAGAAGAUGUACUGAGCAGCGUUUUAGUGCUACCUAUGAAGUAAACACUUAGCAUUCUGCAAGAGGAAGAGUUACCGAGUGCUAAAACACAAAUCAGUUAAGUUUGUUUUUGAAUUGUUAGAGUAAUGGAGUCCUUAAUACCUUUGAGAAGCUGAAUUGCAUUCAGGAAUAGGAUAAGGAAUAUGUGGGAGAAGGAAUCUGCUGGAGAAUCUCUUAUUUUUUAAGAUUUAUUUAUUUAUUUGAGAGGCAGAGUUACAGAGAUUGGGAGAGACAGAGAGACAGAAAGAGAUAUCUUCCAUCUACUGUUUCAUUCCCCAAAUGCCCACAAUGUUUGAGACUGGGCCAGACCAAAGCCAGGAGCCUAGACUCCAUCUAGGUCUUCCACAUUGGAGGAAGGGUCCAAAUACUCAGGCCAUCUCCAACUGGUCUUUCAGUCAGAUUAGCAGGGAGCUGGAUUGGAAGUGGAGCAGCGAGGACUUAAAUCCUCUGUUUACAUGGGAUGCCAGCAGUGAUGGUGGAGGCUGAGCCUGCUGCAUCACAAUUCUGGUGACUAUUACAGGUUCUUAAACAAAUCUCUAAGCAUUUUUCUCAGUGAGUCACAAGUGCAGAUUGUACUGCAGACAUUCCCAGGUUUUCUUUUUGGGAAAUAAUUCCAUUGCUUUUCCUUUAAUUAUGUAUAAUAUUAUUUCAAGUGUUUAUCAUUUGAAUGUUUUGGGCAAGUAAUUCCAUUGUUUUCACUUUAAUUAUGUAUAAUGUUAUUUCAAAUGUUUAUCAGUAGAAUAAUCACAGACAAGAGCAAAAGCUAAUUUGUGUUCUUUCUUACCCAUAUUUUCUCUCUUACUUAAAAAUAUUUAUUAGCUUGAUAGAGAAAGAAGUUGAUGGACUGAGACAGAGAGAGCUUUGACACAUUCAUUCACUCCCUAAAUAACAAUACCAAACAGAGUUGGGGCAGGACUGAAGCCCGGAUUGAGAAAUGGAAUCUAGGCCUCCUUCAUAGGUGACAUCACCACUGCUUCCCCAGGUCUGCAUUAUCUGGGAGCUAAAAACUGAAGCUGGCAUUGGAAAUCCAACAUAGGCACUCCAAGGUGGCAUCAUAAACACUAAGCUAAAUGUCUGCCCUGUCUUUUAGUAUAUUUUUUUUCUCUGACAUAUUGGAAGUGAUAUGCAUGGUGUUUUCCUGGAAAUUAUUUUCUGUUUAUUCCCAUAAUAGUUUCACUGAUGGUUUCUUGCCUUUUUUCCUCAAUGAUUCUACAUACUUCCCUUAACAUUGCCCAUUCAAGAGUCUGUAUUGCCCCUCUUCUAGCCUGCUGUGCAAUUCCCCUUGACAGAUGUGGCCUUUGUGAUUUGAAACUCCUGUUUUCCUCCAGCUUGGGCAUUUUUCACAGCCUGUAGAUCAUGGGUUUGACUCUGUUGAAUGCUUCUGUGCGGCUUUCUAAACUCUCAACAAGUCUAAUGUGAAACCAUAUCCUUCCUUUUUUCCUUCAUAUCCACACGCAAUUGUCAGUGUUUGUUUUGUGACAGAGUUAACAUGUUGACUGGAAGUGUAAUGUAACAGGUAAUGAUAGCAUUUGAAGACCUAGCUGUGUACUUUACCUGGGAGGAAUGGCAGAAAAUGAACAAUGCUCAGAAAAUCCUGUACAGAGAUGUGAUGCUGGAGACCUACAGCAACCUGUUCUCCUUGGGGCACUGCAGUACCAAACCUGACUUGAUCUUCAAGUUGAAGCAAGGAGCAGAGCCAUGGGUGGUGGAAGAAUGCCUGAAUCCAAGCCUUCCAGUGGGCAUGAAAAGAGAUGACCUGAUUAGGAUCAACCAGCAAAGUCAGGACAAAAAUCUGAAUCAGGAUUUUAUGAAAAAUAACAAGGCAUCAGCUCUCAAGAGAUUUGAAUUAAGAAAAACACUUAGUUUAAAUUCAAGCCAUAUUCCAACACUGAUCAUUAAAAAGAGAACCUAUUCAGGAUUGAAGCCUGAGGAAUGCAAUAAAUGUCACAAUGUGUAUAGCCUCAGUGGGCCUGAUCAACUACAGGCUGGAGAAAAAUUUGAUAACACUAAGAUACCUGGAAAUUCUCUCCAGUUCUGUGAGUCUCUUGGUCAGCAUGACAAGAUUCACAUCAUGAAGCAGCCAAUUGGACCCACUGGAGAAGCAAAAGUCUUCACAAGAAAGAUGUUCUGUAAAUCUGAGAGGGUUCAUAUGGCAGAAUACUCUAAUAAGUCAACUGUAAUACAAGCUUUUUCAACUUUUAGAAAAGCAACUCAAAUAGAAAAAGCUAUCCAUGAAAAUUCUAGCCUCAAUAUACAUCAACAAACUCACACAAGAAAGAAAUUUUAUAAGUACAUUAGGUAUGUUGAACCUGUCAUUCACCAGUCACAUCUUGCAAUAAAUCAGAGACUAAAUACAAGGGAAAAACUCUACACAUGUAAACCUUGUGGAAAAUCACUCAAUUUUAAUUCACCUUAUGAAUGUAAUGACUAUGGAAAAGCUUUUGGACAAAAGUCAAACCUCAUAAUGCAUGAGAGAAUUCACACAAGGGAGAAACCACAUGAAUGUAAUGACUGGAAAAGUCUUUACACAAAAGUCACACCUCAUAAAUAAUCAGCAAAUUCACACAGGAGAGAAACCUCUUGAAUGUAAUGACUGUGGAGAAACCUCUACACAAAAGUCACUUGUCAUAAACCAUCAGAGAAUUCACACAGGGGAGAAACUUUAUAAAUGCCAUCAUUGUGGAAAAGGCUUUCUGUGGAAGUCAGUCAUCAUUGUCCACCAGAGAUUUCACACUGGGGAGAAACCUCAUAAAUGUAAUGACUGUAGAAAAGCCUUUGCACAAAAGUCAGACCUCAUGAAACAUCAGCGAAUUCACACGGGGAGAAACCUCAUGAAUGUAAUGACUGUGGAAAGCCUUUGGGCAAAAGUCACACCUCAUCAUACACCAGCAAAUUCACACAGGGGAGAAACAUCAUGAAUGUAAUGACUGUGGAAAAGCCUUUGGACGAAAGUCAUACCUCAUGAAACAUCAGUGAAUUCACACAGGGGACAAACCUCAUGAAUGUAAUGACUGUGGAAAAGCCUUUACACAAAAGUCACACCUUAUCGUACACCAGAGAAUUCACACUGGGAAGAAACCUCAUGAAUGUAAUGACUGUAGAAAAGCCUUUGCACAAAAGUCAGACCUCAUGAAACAUCAGCGAAUUCACACAGGGGAGAAACCUCAUGAAUGCAAUGACUGUGGAAAAGCCUUUGGACGAAAGUCAGACCUCAUCAUACACUAGUGAAUUCACACAGGGGAGAAACAUCAUGAAUGUAAUGACUGUGGAAAAGCCUUUGGACGAAAGUCAUACCUCAUGAAACAUCAGCGAAUUCACACAGGGGAGAAACCUCAUGAAUGCAAUGACUGUGGAAAAGCCUUUGGACAAAAGUCAGACCUCAUCAUACACCAGCGAAUUCACAGGGGAGAAAUCUCAUAAAUGUAAUGACUGUGGAAAAGUCUUUGGACGAAAGUCAGACCUCAUCAUACACCAGCAAAUUCACACAGGGGAGAAACCUCACAAUGACUGGAAAAGCCUUUGGACAAAAGUAAGACCACAUGAAACAUCAGCAAAUUCACACAGGAGAGAAACCCUAUGAAUUUAAUGACUGUGGAAAAGCCUUUGGUCAUAAAUUAGGCCUCAUGAAACAUCUGCAAAUUCACACAGGGCAGAAACCUCAUGAAUGUAAUGGCUGGAAAAGCCUUUGGACAAAAAACAAGCCUCAUAUCACACCAGAGAAUUCACAGAGGGUAGAAAACUCAUGAUUAUAAUAACUAUGGAAAAGCAUUUAGCCAUAAGUCAACACUCAUUGUGCAUCAGAGAAUUAACACAGUAGAGAAACUUUAUGAAUGCAAUGACUGGAAAAGCCUUUGGACAAAAGUCAAACUUCAUAAUGCACCAGAGAAUGCACACAGUGUUGAAACUUCAGGAGUGUAAUGACUGUGGAAAAACCUUUGGUCUUAAGUUCCAACUCCAAAUGCAUCAGAGAAUUCACAGAGGGAAAUAUCCUUAUAAAUGUAAUUACCUUUUUCUAUAAGCCUUUUUCUAUAAGUUAUACCUCAUAUUAAAACAGAAUUCACACAGGGCAGAAACCUUAUGAAUCCAAUGAGUGUGGGAAAGCCUUUUGUUAUAGAUCAUAGCUCAUAUCACACCAGAAAAUUCACACUGGGGAGAAAUCUCAUGAAUGCAAUAACUAGAAAAGCUCUUGGCAAUAAGUCACAUCUCAGAAUUUAUUAGAAAAUUCACAUGAAGAGGCCAGUGCUGUGGCUCAGUAGGCUAAUCCUCUGCGGCGCCAG